CUUCAUGGCUGUCAAAAAAAGGAAUACAGAAUAAUGGCUGCGAUUGCGAUUGAAAGGAUGUCCCAGAGCAAUGGAUUUCACCUCAAAAAAACUGAGACAAUCGACAAUAAAGACAAUUUAUGGUCAUCAAUUCUGGCUGAAGUACAAAAUAGUGGAAACAAUAAAUUACCAUCAAACAAAAAUGUCUUGGUACUAGGUGAUAAUGAAAGUGGAAAAACAACACUUAUUGCAAAAUUACAAGGUGUUGAAGAUCCAAAAAAAGGUUCUGGACUUGAAUUUGCCUAUAUUGAUGUUCGUGAUGAAUACAGAGAUGAUCAAACGAGAUUAUCUGUUUGGGUAUUGGAUGGUGAUCCUGGUCAUGCAAAUUUAUUAAGAUUUGCACUGAGUCCAGAAAGAUUUCCAAAUACACUUGUUAUAUUAGUUGCAGCAAUGACAACACCAUGGGCAUUAUUAGAUCAACUACAAUCAUGGGCAGCAUUACUUGGUGAUCAUAUUGAUAAAUUACCAAUUGAUAAUGAUACACGACAAAAAUGUAGACAAUUAAAUGUUAAAAAAUGGCAAGAUUAUAUGGAACCCGGUGAUGAAUUAGAUCCUGGUAGUCCAUUAAGACGUACAAGUCGUAAUUUAGAUGAUGAUAAUGAUAAUUUACCAUUACCAGAAGGUGUUCUUACAACAAAUUUGGGUCUUGAUGUUGUUGUUGUUAUAACUAAAACUGAUUAUAUGACAACACUUGAAAAAGAACAUGAUUAUAAAGAUGAACAUUUUGAUUUUAUGCAACAAUGGAUUAGAAGAUUUUGUUUACAAUAUGGAGCUGGUUUAUUUUAUUCAUCUGCUAAAGAAGAUAAAAAUUGUGAUUUAUUGUAUAAAUAUCUAACACAUAGAAUUUAUAGUUUACCAUUUAGAACACCAGCACUUGUUGUUGAAAAAGAUGCAGUACUUAUACCUGCUGGAUGGGAUAAUAUGAAAAAAAUUGGUAUUCUUCAUGAAAAUUUACAAUCAAUGAAACCAGAUGAUUAUUAUCGUGAUGUUAUUGCACAACCACAAACAAAUAGAAAAUGUGUAACAAGAGAAUUAGAAAUACAAGCUGAAGAUGAACAAGCAUUUUUAGCUAGACAACAAGCAACAUUAUCUGGCUUAAGAGAUCCAACACGUUCACCAACAACUCGUAACCAGGCAAGCACUGGACCCGUCAUACAGGUGCCAUCACCAAAUAAAAAAUUGGAUCCAAAAGGACCAGGUGCAGCAGCUGCUGGUGAAGGUGUUUUAGCGAAUUUCUUUAAUUCUUUGCUUUAUAAAAAAAGUGGAGCAUCUCCAGGUGGACCAGGAUCACCAGGUGGACCUGGUGCAAGUCCUGGAACGAGUCCAAUUAAAAUUGAUGCUGGACCAGCGGAUAAAGCAGCAAUGCGCAAUGAUGCUGCAGCUGAAUUAGAUCGCAUAACAAGAACGAAAAAAAUUCCACCAGCUGAUUUAGAUACAUCUUCAGAGUGUUAAAAAUUUUAAAAUAAUAUAUAUAUGUAUAUUUUUUUUUUUUAUUUUUUCAAUAUAUGGCCCAUGAAUUUAAUUUUUUCUUUUUUUUUUCUUUUUCAUCAAGCAGUGAUUUAUGAAUAUUAUAAACAAUUAAUAAUUUGAAAGGCCUUCUGAAUUUAGUGAGGAAUAAUAAUUUAUGGCUCAUGUCAUUCUUUGUCAAACAAUAUUAUAUAUAUUUUUUUAAUUUUAAUUUUUUAAAUAAUAAAAGAAAAAAUCUAUCAACCUACAAAAAUGUCGAGUCAAUUUUAAUUGAUCAAAUCAAACAAUUUUUAUUGAUGUCGAUAAAUUCAUAAUAAAAAAUGAUAGAUUUUAAAUAUCUUUUUAUUUUUCUUUAAUAUUUAAAAAAAAAAAAAAAAAAAAUCAUAAUUCUUAUAAUAAAACAAUUUAAUUUGUAAUACUCAAAAAUGGCUCAAGAAAAAAAAUAUGCAAUUUUCGUUGGUAAUAGAAUGAUAAUAUUUAAUUUAAUUAUCAAAUCCAAAUAUUGUGCAAUAUUUUUAAGAAGCACUUUUUUUUUCUUUCUUCAUUACCUCUGGAAAGAAACUAUCAGUAUAUAUAUAUAUUUUUUUUUUUUUUUGAUAAUGGUUUUUAAUUGUACUUUAUGAUUGAAAUGUCGGGUGAGCUUGUAAAAAAUUGAGACAAUUAAAAUGUUUUAAUUAAAAAUUUUUAUAAAAAUUAAUAAAUUUUUUUCAACUCAUUGCACAGCUUUAAAAAAAAGCCUUAAUAUUGUGUGUCUAUUUAAGAUUGAAUGAGAGCAAGGAAAAAGAAAAGAAAAAAAAUUAUGAAUAUACAUAAAAGUUGGGGAAAAAAAAUAAAAAAAAACGAAAAACGAUAUGGUACGUUAAAUAGGAUUACUAAAUUAAUGUAAUUAAAUAUUUAAAUAUUAAUUAUAAAUAAUUAUAAUGCUUACGCACAUGUCAUUGCGUUUUACGAUAGUAAAUUAUUAUUUAAAAAUUUUUUACAUAAUUCAUAUUAAUUAAUAAAUAAUUACUAAAAAAAAAAAAUAAUUGAAUUCGAUAAAGAAAUGUUAAUUUUUACUUUGAAACGUUUAAUUUCAAAUUUUUCAAUUAUUAGUUUAUUUAUUUAUUUUUUUUUCAACAUGAUCGGUCUAUAUUAGAAUUUUUUAAAAAUGAGUAAAAUUCUAGAAUAUUAGAAUAAUUGUAUCUAGAGAUGUAUGGAGUAGCACUGAGAAUUAAAAAAAAAAAUAUUAAUUUAUCACCUGAAUAAAUAAUUUUUCAUACAAAUUUGUAAUUGUUAUCAUGAAAAUAAUAAAAAAAUUAAAUGUAUGUGUCAAACAGUAUUUACAACUUGAGUUAUCUAUGGAAUUUUUUAAUCGAAUUCUAUUAUUAACAAUAGAAAAAGAAAUCUCUAUUUAUCGAACAUGAAAGAUAAAAAUAAAAAAUAAAUAAAACAUUAUAUUCAUGAGACUCAAUCUUAAUUUAAUUGCUCUUAAAUUAAAAAAAAUUGUUAUCUUUGAAAUAGGUCAAGAAAAAAUAUGGAAUUUGUAUUGGGAAAAAAAAUAAUUAUAGAAACACUGUUUUUGUUUUUUUUUUUUUUUUCGAUUUGUAUUUUUCAAUUCAAUGAAUCCGAUAAACAUAAGCAUAAAAUAGACACUGGAUUCAUGACAUAAGAACAAAAAAAAAAAGAACAAUUUUCGUAUUACAAAUUAGUAACAAUAAAUUACUAAUUUUUACUAUUGUCAUUAUUAAAUUACAC